AGGAAAUAGCUGGAGGUGUGGUGGUGGCGGUGGUGGUGGUGGCGCUGUGUUAGUGGUGGUGAGGACGAGCCGUGGGUUGGAGGUUACCUGGAAGUGCUGACAGACGAAGAAAAAUAAAAAUCGAGGAAAAAAAUUGAAAAGCGAUCAUAACGAGAAAAGACGGACAGUAAAGAGGGAGAGAGACGAGAGGAACUGAUAAAGAAAGAAGGGAAGAAAAGAAGGAGAGAAAGGAAUAUAGUGCGGAGGAGAAUAAGAGAGGAAGAAAGGAGAAAAGCAAAACAUAAAAGAUAGAAAAUAAAUGAGCAGAGAAGGGAAAAAUACGUAAAGGAAAAAAAAACAUCACCAUAAAUCUAUCAUAAUAAAGCAAGGAGUCACAAAACACAGUAAUAAACAAGUGUCAUAAACAUCUAAAUAUAUAUAUUUAAAAAAACCGAACUCAGAAAUCACAAGAAAAAGCCCUCACCGAUAAAGCGGAAUUACAUUUACCAAGAAGACGAGCCGGGGAAGAGCCACUACUGAUAAGCGUAGGCCAGACGAAUUACAUAAACCGGAGACUGAAGAGCUAGCGGCGAUAACAGCGAGUCCUCAAGAUGCCGGUGUACAAGGGCGUUCUGAGCCUCGAGGAUGAAGGCCCCGAAACCCCGACCGUCCACCUCUUCGACUACAGCGCUGAAGAAGACCAAGGGAAGCCCAAGUCGAGCUACAGGAAACAGCUGAUCGCCCUUGAGUCCUGUAUUUUCCUGGGGAGGCGAACCGUGGCCACCCUCAAGAGCCAAUCAGAAGCAAGGAGCAAGAACCAAUCAGGGAAGAGCACGCAGAACGGCACCCCUGAAGCAACCAAUGGCAACACGGAGGAGAAAGAGACCAACGGGGAGGUGAAGGAGGCGGAACAGGAGGUGAAGAAGGAGGAGAAGAAGGUGUAUUUGAAGGAAGGGCAAGAGUUCCAGGCCUAUGUAUUGAAGUGUCCGAACGGCCCUUACGACUAUGCCACGAAGCUCUGGGAUAAAGGCAGGGCUGCGCCCUCCGAGGAAGGGUACCCGAAGGAGGGGCAGGAGGUGGCGGCGGUGGUGGUGGACAGGGCCGGCGAUCUGCUGACGGUGGCGUGUGGUACAAACAUUGCCUUCGCGAGGAGAAAGACUUUCCUCUGCGCCGGCGUGGACCCGGAUGACCUGUCGCUGCCCUUCGCCCGCCUGAUGGUGUCGCUGCGCCGCCCGGAGGAGCGCGAGGCCCAGGUGCCCGCCGCGGCCUGGGAGGCGCUGCCCACUCAGGUCGUUGUGCCUCACGACGUGUACUGAGAAGGAGACACGCACAUAAAUUCACAUACACUGACACGCACAUACCGACUGAAUGAUUUUCCUAUGCCCUUCGAUUUAUACUAAGCAGAAUUACACAUGCACUUAUACACACAUACACACAUAC